AUGACUAGUCAGGAAGCCAUGGAAGCUGAAUGCUUACAUCAAUUUGGAGUUGCACCGAGAACCAGUGAUUGCAGAGGAAGUUACAUCAACAUGACCUGGAUUAGAAAUGUGAAAGAAGGAUUAAUUUUAAAUGAUCGAGUUGCCAUGAAAAAGUAUGUUAAAUGCCAUAUAUUGUUGUUGUUUGGGUCAAUCUUAUUUGCUGAUAAGUCUGGGUCAGCGGUUCACUGGAAAUUUCUUCCAUUGCUUCGUGACUUCUCACGGAUACACGAAAUUAGCUGGGGAUCGGCAUCCCUAGCACACUUGUAUAGAGCAUUGUGUAGAGCAUCUCGAUUUGAUUGUAAAGUGAUUGAUGGUCCACUGACAUUGUUGCAUAUCUGGGCUUGGAUUCGUAUGCCGUUCCUUGCUCCGAUUUCUAGAACCCCGCGGUUCUUUCCACUGGCUAACCGAUGGCGUAACUGGGAGCAUCAUAAUUGGCCAUAUAGAUAUCAUACUGUUGCUUAUUUCAGGAGAUUGUUAGAUGAAUUUGUUUGGGAAGCUUACGGUGUUGAUCGGAUAGAGGCAGAUGUCAUUCCAGAAGAUAUUCGUAGUCAAUCAGAAAUUUGGAGUGCAACGGUACCGUUGAUAUUGUUUGAGACUCUUGAAUGGCAUGCAACCGAUAGGUGUAGGACACAAUUUGGGUUCGUACAGGGUGUCCCACAUCAGGAGAGGUCUCUAGAUGGCCAACAUGAUGAGAUUUUGAUCGGAUCCAAAAAUUUGGAUUGGUCUGUCACACACAGAUUUUGGAUAAUGCAGUGGACCAACCGAUAUAGUCAUGUCCUAAUUCAUGAGCAUGUGCCUUUGCAUCAUCCGUUAGAGCUUUACAUGUAUUGGUACCGAGGAAAAUACGGGACUCAUUUGCACUUGUCUGAUUUGGUCUUACAAGAAGAUCAAGAGGGUGUUGCUAACCCGAAUCAGCCACACGAGCCCGAGCCGCAACCAUCAUUACAAAGGGAACAACCUCCACAGUCAACACCACUACAAGAGCAAUCUCGCCAUCUUUAA